AUGGAGACAGAUAAUGAAAGUAUUGACAUUUCGAGCAUCAAGUUUGCUGUUCUUCAGCAACCCCUGGAGUCAGUACAUGAGCAGCCGAGUUCAGAAGACAGCCUGGUCGGCGGACAGCAGCACAGCACAACCAAGUCCGCAUUUGCCCAACCGUCCCAAGUCCAACCCGCUCUACCCGCUGCUGGGCCCUUCUUCGACGCCGUCCCUGAACUUGCCAGCACCGUCCCUGAUUCACAACUGCCACUCGCAUCCGAUGUCGGUGUCGACACCCAGCUUCAACUCCUCCCGCUCCCUCCUCCGUUUGCUGUGUCAAGCAAACCCAUUUCUGCGGCGCAGAAAAUUAUGAGCCAAGCCAGUGACAUCGCAACACAGGAGCUGUCCCCUUCACAUUUUGAGUCAAUUCUUAAUAGGAGUCGAAGCGCAGUUGAUCAGCAGCCAGAAGAGGAUGGCCACGAGGAUGAGACGCAGCCAACCCUGCACGAAGGAGACGAAGGACAUAUUGACCUCAUAUCCAGCUUCGUAUCUCCACGGGAAGAAGUGAAAGGUGCGGACUCCGACCAGGUCGAUUUCUCGCCUACUCAGACACAGCAUGGCCUUCCCCAGUUCCCCGAAUCUCAGUGCUUCAAAACCCCUGCAGCAGCUGGUAAAAAGAGGAAAUACAACGGAGAUGUCAUGGACAGCCCAAUACUUCCUCGGAAUCCAUUACGGGGAGGCAAUGUAGAGAGCACUGCGCAUGUAAUGGGUCUGAGCCAGGCCUUUGCCGCAACACAGGCAAAUACCUCACCCUUCAUCCAAAAUAUCAAUAGCGAAUUGCGGUCUGACCGCCCGUCGCCAAAUAUUGAUCUCCAGCCACGUCCUUUUACCGUCGCGAGCCCCUCCCCACUGCGACCGCUAUCUGUGUUCAAAAGAGCUUCAACAGAGCCAGCAUCUCGGUAUAUUUCGGUAAAACAGUCACAAAUGGAACGAGAAAGGCAAGCCCAGUUGAAGCAACAAGGGAUGACUGACAACGACGAUGAUGACGACGACGGAUUUGGCGACGAGCCAGGCUCAAUUGCGACAAGUCGGAGAAAAGAAGUCGAAAAAAGGAGGCGAGCGGCCUUUGACCGGCUUUCGUCCCCUUCGAAGCAUCCACGGCGAGGUGUUUCACUGUCAAAAUCAUCUCCAAUUAGAGGACCGAGCCGUGACUCACCGAGAAGAGCCCCAUCCGUGAGCCCUAACAAAUUGCUGGACCACUCGAGUCCAGCACAUGACAAUCAUCCAAGCCCAGGGCGCGAAAGUGAGGAGGAAACCGAACAAGAAGACAACGCCGAUAUUGCUGUCACACGGUCCAGUCAGGGUCUACUGCUUUUAGACGAAGAAGAUAAGGAAAAUUUCUCUGACGGAGGAAGUCAAGUCCCUGAAACUACGGCCAGACUUCAACGGAUUAUGAACGAUCUUCCUCCUCAAGUUCAAGACAGUCCGUUGCUUAGUACUCGACGUGGAUCGAAUCAUAUAAACCAAUUGACAACAUUGUACAGCUCGGAACCCUUUGCUGUGGCAGAUUCUCAGCCUUCACAGAUGUUAAAACAGCGCCAGGCUGUUACACAGACUCCGAAAUCGACCUCUGCAGAAGGGAGUGAUUUUGUUCCACAAUCUCCCACAGCAUCUCCUCAGCGUACGAUUACGGCUCAUCGGGAUUCUUCAGAAGGCCCACUAGAAAACAGAACAUCUGAAGAGGGCGAAAGUGAUCGAGUGCCUGAAGAGGCAACAGUCACUUCAGCUCUGCAUAGUACUAUUCCUGAGACAAGCUCAAAUGAAGAAGGCCAAAAUGGCAAUAGCUUAGGAAACUCUAAAACCAAGCAACAGACGCUUGACAGUCGUGGUGAAUUCGAGAUUGCUCAAACUCGCCUUCCGACUGGAGCAAAUUCCGAUCGACCAAGUGUUGUUGGCUUGAGUAGUCCUCCUGUCAUUACCACACCUCCAGGGCGAAGACGAAAGCGAAUGGCCGAAAUUGCAGCCGAGCCCUCGCCUUUCAAAUCACAACCCAGCUUUAAUGCUAGUGAAGCUCUUCAAUUCGACCCCGAUUUUCAGAGUCCCUUCAAAGAUGGGUCGCCUUUUGCCAUAGAGGCCUACGACGAAGCGAAUCAAGCAGGGUCGCAAUAUUGCCUAGCUGAAACUCAUCAAGAAACAAUCGCAGGUCAGAUGUCGGGCACAAAUGGGCCCUCAGAACAUCAAGAAGCUCAGAACACCAUCAGUCGCGUCGCCCAAGUCCUAGGAAAUAAUCGUAUUGAGUCUAUCCUCUCGUCGUAUCCGCGGCGAGAGAGGAAACCCACAUCCAAACUUCCCGCCGCUUCCAAAUAUCAGACUCAACCUGUUUACUCUGCAUCUCGAAUUUCCACAUGGGAUCUUGACGUGUCUCCGCCCCCAAAAUCUGUGCCAGUAAUCAAACCUGCGCUGAAACGAAAAGCGAACGAUUUUGAACAGCCGCAGAACGGGAACACUAUUGCUGUCACGAAACGCCCCAAGCCCACGAAGGGAAAACUUUCAUCGAAGACGUCAUUGCUUGCCGAUCCUGGCGGGGAUGAACAACGUGAUAGCCCCGAUCCCAUCACUCUGAGCGAACUUGCGAAAUCAGAGUCAGGGAAAGAAGAAGCUCGUGUUUCUACCAGGACCGUCACGGCUCCGAACAUGGUAUUUGCCUGUUUUAAUGGCAAGACUCGCGCAUAUUAUCCCGCCCGGUGUCUGGGUCCUUCGACCAAGAAUGAAGGCCGGUUCUCAAUCCAGUGGGAGGGAUAUGAACCUGACGAAAUCGACGAGCAUGGUAUACGAAGCUUAGACUUACGUAUCGGAGAUCAGGUGAAAGUAAACAUGGAAGGCGUCCCCAAGGUAUCUUACAUCAUUCGAGGCUUCAAAGAUAAGAUCGUGCAGGGCAAUGCCGAUUCUGACAGGCAUACCAUCACUGACGUUCAGGGCUUCAAGACUUUGCUUGUCGCACCGAAGCAGCGUAAAAGUCUACCAGCGGAUAUGUCAACCAACUGUGUGAAAAAGGUACCAGUCUCGUCAAUUUAUUUGGACAACAACAUGUGGGGACAGAUGAAGAAUCGGGUCUAUGAAUACAAGCCAUCCAUUCAUGAAGCAUUAUUAUCCGGUAUUUCGACACCUCUUGACCCAGCCUCUGCUCCGAGUACGCCACCUUCGCGAAGUCGUCGAGGUGCAACAAUAACUGCACCGUUGGCUUCAGGCCCGACCACUAUCCCGAAUGUCUCACCCGAGGGCAUAUUCGCGAACAUGGCUUUUGCAAUAUCUUAUGAAGACAGCUGGCGCAAAAAUAAACUUGCUAGCCUCAUCCAAAGCAACGGCGGUCUUGUCUUGAAAGAAUCGUUCCUGGAUCUCUUUGAAACAGAUUCAACAGAGUUGAGAUCACAAUUCUCGGAUCUCUAUUUUACCGCCCUCCUCACCGAACGUCAUUCACGAAAAGAGAAAUACAUGCAAGCUCUUGCCCUUGGGAUCCCGUGUCUCAGUGGAAAGUGGGCGGAAGCCUGUAUUAACGCGAACGGGAUCGUAGACUGGAAGACUUACCUGCUUCCCGCAGGUGAGAGUGCCGAACUUGAUGGUGCUACACGAUCGAGAAUUCUACCUGUCUCUCAAUAUUCCACGCUCGUGAAAGUCGAGGAAAUGAUUUCUUCAAGACUGCAGAUGCUGCAAGGGUCACGCGUGGCUGUUGUGUCAGGACGAGGCAGGGCCGAUGCACGCCGACCCGUGUUUAUGUUCCUCAUUCGCGCCUUGGGCGCCCAAACGGUUGUGGUGGAACCCGACCUUGGUUCUGCAAAGGCGGCAUUGGACAAAUCAAGAGUGAAUGGUGAUGAUGAAGGUGAUUGCGAAGGCGACACGGUUGAUUACGUUCUCGUAGAUGAUCGGGACAUCCAAGCAGCGAGGGCCAUGUUUUCACCUCCUCCAAGCGAGAAGAGCGGGAAAAAGUCCAGGAUAGAGAUGGAGCAGCAUCCACCACUACCCCAAACACAAGCAGAGCAAAGAAAUGUCAAGGUUUUGUGCAAUGAGGAUAUUGUGCAGAGUCUGAUACUGGGGCGAUUGUGGGUGCGCUGA